UCUCAGCGUCACUCCGGGUCUCGGCGUUGAGCAGGAAGCAGCCUUUCCUCUCGGAUUGUCGCAGUAAAGGAACAAACACACAUUGUAUUUUCUUCCUGUCUUUGCUCAAUGCACCCCUCGGCACAGAAGACGCGGAAGCCUGUCAGAAGGAAACAUGCCUCCUUCAGUCGCGAUAGCAGCCCUGCUCCUGGCUCUGGCUCUGGAGACGCGCCGGAGCGUCUGUGCGCUGCGCGUAAUGCGUGCCUUCAGGUCUCCAAACAGGACCAAUAACUUCGUGGUGGACCCUGUGUCCGGACAGGUCUACCUGGCCACCGUCAACACCCUCUACCAGCUGAACUGGACCUUGGACGUGGAGGUGGAGAAGAGCACCGGGCCGGUGGAGGACAACCUGUUGUGCCAUGCGCCUCAGCUGCCCCAAGCUCCCUGCGAGCAUCCCAAAGCCCUCACCGACAACCACAACAAGCUGCUGAAGCUGGACAGGGAGCAAGGGGUCGUGGUGGUGUGUGGGUCUGUGUAUCAGGGCUUCUGCGAGCUCAGGAAGAUGGAGAACAUCUCGGAGAUAGCUGUGGAGUUCCCACACCAGGGUGAGAAGACUGUGUUCCCAAGCAUGCUCAAUAUAGCUGCAAAUCACCCCAAUGCAUCCACAGUGGGGCUCAUCUUCAGGAGCCAUGGGGGGAACACCAGGCUCCUUGUAGGGGCCACUUACACAGGAGCAGGGACGCAGUUUUUCCCAAAGAACCACAGCAAGGAGGACCUGCGCUUUGAGAACACCCCUGAGAUAGCCAUCAGGUCCCUGAACAUCAAGGAUCUAUCCAGACUCUUCACCUAUGACAUCAACCCCUCAGAGGACAACGUGUUCAAGAUCAAACAAGACGUGAAAACCAAGAACAAGCUGAACUUUGUGCAUGCGUUCAUGCACAAGACUUACUCCUACAUUGCCUUCAAUAACGACGCCAAAAUGGGCCACAAGGAGAGCCAGCCCAACAGCAUCUUGGCACGGAUCUGUCUGGACACGGAGAACCCCAGGAAGAACACCCCGGAGAGCAGGAAGCUCACGGAGUCCUACAUCCAGAUGCCUCUGCAGUGUGGAUUUAAUGGGAACAUCUACAACCGGCUGCUGUCCGUGUACCCGGUGGAGAUCCAUGCUGGAGACGGGCGCAGCGCAGAGCCGUACCUGUUCGGGGUGUUCACCAAGGCGGAUAGGAAGGCCGCCCUGUGCGCCUUCAAGUUUGGAGACAUCGACCAGGUGAUCCGUGAAGGUCGCAGGAGCUGCUCCAACUCCCCCAGCAGCGACGUGCAGGUGCUGGACAGCGUGAUCCAGGGCUCCGGGGCGGCCUGCAUCCAGAAGGGAAACCUGGUGCUGCAGCCCGAGCAGCUGGACUGCGGUGCGGCCCACCUGCAGCACCCUCUGGCCCUGAGGAGGUCCCUGAGGGCCGUUCCUCUGGUGGAGUACACAGGACUCAGUUCGGUGUCCGUGGACGACGUUCACAACCACACUGUGGUUUUUCUGGGAACCAGUAACGGACGACUUCGUAAGCUGACCCUCUUGCCGAACAUGACCUUGGCCAAUCAGUGGACACUGAAGCUGCCCGCCAGCGAAGCGGUCCACCACAUCAUGACCUUCGACCCCAACGACAGCAACUUCCUUUAUCUCAUGACCUCUCACCAUAUGCUGAGGGUGAAGGUGGCAGACUGUGACCAGUGGAGGAGCUGCGGCGACUGUUUGGGAGCCGGCGACGCCCACUGUGGCUGGUGUACUCUGGAGAACCGAUGCACCAUCCAGAAGGAGUGUUCUCGGGGGCUGCUGGCUCGCUCCUGGAUCAGCUUGGGCGAUGGCCCCCAACAAUGUCCCUCCAUGACCCUGACGCCCCCGGAGAUCAGCAUCGCUGCAGACAUCAAGGAUGUCGGCAUCCUGAUAAAUGGCAGCGUUCCCGAUCUGGUCGGCUCCCAGGUGGAGUGUGAGUAUGGUCCGGGUGUUUCUACAGCUGCCACGGUGCACCUGGAUUCCGGUCCCGCCCAGAUCCAGACCUGUCCCCUGCUCCCCCGAGAAAACUACAAACCAAUCCUCCCUGGAACAGAUCAUCUGACCGUUUCCGUGGCGAUAAAAGUGAAUGGCACAUCUGUGGUAUCUGGGAGCUUCAUCAUCUACGACUGCGAGAGGACCGGCGCAAUACACCCCAAGACCUCAUGUGUGAGCUGCCUGAGCACCCGAUGGAAAUGCUACUGGGACCCUGACAACCACCUUUGUGUCGCCAGUAAAGAUGAUUCAAAGCCCAACCUGCUGGAGAAUGCCGUUUCCUGUCCCAGCCUGGUGGCCUCAGAGGUUCCUCCGUGCCCCUCAGAAAUGGCCCAGGACUUCACCUUGUCCCUCAGCAACAUCCAGGAGGGGGAGGACCUGGAGUGUUACUUUGGGACACAGCAGCGAUAUGAGGCCACGUGGCUGAACAGCUCGACUGUCAAGUGCAGCGGAGUAACACUGUCCACCAAUCAGAGGAGCCAGGUUUACCACCUCUACCUGAGGAAGAGAGGACACUUUAGUGGACGGACGGAAGACGUCUUUGUGGACAGCCCUCAGCCCAUGAGAGUGGAGGUGUACAACUGUGGAGUGGGUAGUUCAGACUGCUCCCAAUGCUGGGGCCGCGAGGACCAGGGCCACCUCUGUGGCUGGUGUGAAAACAGCUGCAGGCCGAGGGACGACUGUCAGCCAAUCAUGGAUCACUGCCCGGCUCCUGAGAUCCACAAGAUCUUCCCACUGAGGGGUCCGGUGGAAGGAGGCACCCUGCUGACAGUACAAGGCAGGAACCUGGGCAGGAGGUCUGGAGCUGUACAGGUCUCUAUUGGAGAUGUGCCGUGUACUCUCCUGCCUGAGCUCUACACUGUCUCCGUAGAGCUGGUGUGUGUCACUGGACGGUCUGCACACGAGAGGACGGAUAUUGUCCAAGUGGACGUGGAUCAGAGUGGGACGGGGACGUCAAAGGAGAGCUUCUCAUACUUAGUCCCAAAGCUGCUGUCCCUGGAGCCGACGAAGGGCUCUCGGGCUGGAGGAACCAUAGUCAUCAUCAGGGGGGAGCACCUGGACAUUGGCUCUCAGGUCAGAGUCAUAGUCAACAACACGCUGGAGUGUAUCAUCACAGAGAAAACAGAUGAAACCAUUGAGUGCCGGAUGCCUCCAGCCUUGCAGCCACACACAGACUCCGUGGCAGUGUGUUUGGAGUUUGAAAACCUUCCCUGCCAAAGUCCAGAGCUUAGCACCGCCUACACCUACGAGAAGAACCCCAUCAUCAGCUUCAUCCACCCCAAGAAGAGCUACCUCAGUGGUGGCAGGACCAUCACAGUGACAGGCCAGGGUUUUGAUCUGGUGCAGAGCGUCACCAUGGAGGUGCUGGAAAUUGGAGAAAAACGCUGCACAGUCGUCUCCCCCUUCACGAUCACCUGCCCAUCCCCGGCGUCCAGCCAGUCCCAGCAGACCUCAGUGCAGUUCUUCUUGAACAGAAUCCUCUACACUGGAGACCGCACCUUUGAUAGUGAUGCAGAGGAGGAGGAGGACGAGGAUGAGCCACAUAAAGGUCACUUCUCGUUGGAGUACGUGGAGGACCCGCAGUUCUUCACUGCCAGCAAGGAGAAGCUGAUUAAGCACCACCCGGGAGAGCCACUGACGCUCAUCAUCAACAAAGGGCCCAGCGUUCUGGAGCUGGUGCCGGAGGAAUACUCGGUGAUGAUUGGCUCCUAUCCCUGUAACAUCAGCUUCAGCAACGACCAGCUGUUUCACUGCACCAUCAACGGACUGCUGAGCUCCAGCGAGAGCGAGCUGCCUGUGACUGUGCAAGUGGGGAACUUUCGUCACACCAUCGCCAAAGUGCAGCUCGGCGGCAGCGAGCUGGCCAUCACGGUGUCCAUUGUGGUGUGCUGCGUGCUUCUGCUGCUGUGCACUGUGGCUCUUGUAGUGUACUGCACAAAGAGCCGAAGGGCGGAACGCUACUGGCAGAAAACUCUACUCCAAAUGGAGGAGAUGGAGUCCCAGAUCAGAGACGAGAUCCGUAAAGGCUUUGCAGAGCUGCAGACGGACAUGACAGACCUGACCAAGGAGCUGAAUCGCAGCCAGGGCAUCCCCUUUUUGGAGUACAAACAAUUUGUCACACGCACGUUCUUCCCCAAGAUGUGUUCCGAUUACGAGAAGAGUCUGGUCCAGCCGGCCUUCGAGAAUGACGGCCUGGGCCCUCGAGCGCUGCCGGAGACACACCCGCUGCUGCAGGACUGGAAGGCCACCAACACAACAAGGCCUAAUGUGGAGGAGGGCAUCACUCUGUUCUCCACUCUCCUCAAUAACAAGCACUUCCUGGUGACGUUCGUCCACGCCUUGGAGCAGCAGAAGGACUUUGCAGUACGAGAUAGAUGCAGCCUCGCGUCUCUACUCACCAUCGCCCUCCAUGGUAAGCUCGAGUACUACACCAGUAUCAUGAAAGAUCUACUGGUGGACCUUAUCGAUGCUUCCGCCUCCAAGAACCCCAAACUGAUGUUGCGCCGCACUGAGUCCGUUGUGGAGAAAAUGCUGACCAACUGGAUGUCCAUAUGCAUGUACAGCUACCUCAAGGAAACAGUGGGUGAGCCUUUCUUCCUGCUGCUGUGUGCAAUCAAGCAGCAGAUCAACAAGGGCUCCAUAGACGCCAUCACAGGGAAAGCCCGCUACACCCUCAACGAGGAGUGGCUGCUCCGCGAGAACAUUGAGGCCAAGCCACAGAACAUCAAUGUGUCCUUCCAGGGCUGUGGCAUGGACUCGCUGCCUGUCAGGGUCAUGAAUACAGACACAAUCUGCCAGGUGAAGGAAAAAAUCCUAGAAGCCUUUUAUAAAAACCUGCCAUUCUCCCAGUGGCCCAGAGCAGAGGAUGUGGACCUGGAGUGGUUUGACUCCGGCAGCAACAGUAAGCUUCUGCAGGACCUGGAUAACUCCUCACUGAUGGAAGAUGGCAGAAAGAAACUCAACACGGUCUUCCAUUACCAGAUCCCAGAGGGUGCAUCGCUGGCCAUGAGCAUGAAAGACAAGAGAGAUAACACCCUUGGGAGAGUUAAAGAUCUGGAUACGGAGAAGUAUGUACACUUGGUCCUACCUCAUGAUGACCUAACGGAGAACAAGAGGUCACACAGGCAGAGCCACCGAAAGAAGGUCCUGCCUGAAAUCUAUCUGACACGCCUUCUGUCAACCAAGGGAACUCUUCAGAAGUUCUUGGAUGACCUCUUUCAAGCCAUCCUUAGCAUCCCUCCGGAACGCCCCCCUCUGGCCAUCAAAUACUUCUUUGACUUCCUAGAAGAGCAGGCUGACAAACGAGGCAUUACAGACCCAGACACCCUGCACAUCUGGAAAACCAACAGUUUGCCACUGCGCUUCUGGGUGAACAUCCUGAAGAAUCCUCAGUUUGUGUUUGACAUUGAUAAGACGGAUCACAUGGAUGCCUGUCUAUCUGUCAUCGCCCAGGCCUUCAUAGACGCCUGCUCCGUUUCUGAUCUGCAGCUUGGAAAGGACUCCCCCACCAACAAGCUGCUGUAUGCCAAGGAGAUCCCGGAGUAUAAGAAGAGAGUGCAAUGCUACUACCAGCAGAUACAGGACAUGGCGCCUCUCAGCGAACAGGAGAUGAACGCUCACCUGGCCGAGGAGUCACGAAAAUACCGGAAUGAAUUCAACACCAACCUGGCCUUGACAGAAAUCUACCAAUACGCCAAGAGAUACAGACACCAGGUGGUGAGCGCUCUGGAGUCCAACCCCACCGCCCGUCGCACUCAGCUGCACCACAAGUUCGAGCAGGUCAUUGCCCUCGUGGAGGACAACAUCUACGAGUGCUGCAGCGAGGCCUGAUCCUGCCAGUUCUCCACUAGCCAUCUCUUUCUCCUGCUGACAGCUGCCUUUUUCUCCUGCCUACAUAGUAACUUUGGGAAUGUUGGCCACUAAGGAGUUAACCUUCAUAAGUGUCAUUAUUAUUCCCACGGACUAUAAGAAGCGUGGAAUGCGGCAAAGGACUUAAAUCUGCCUCUCAUACAUUUGCGAGGUGUUCCCCCCCCCCUCUGAUUUGGGAAUGCCAAGAAAUUUUUUCCCAAAAUCUUUCUCCAUGAAACAGACAGAAUCCAAGUCUGGCUCAGCUAUGCUUUAGAGGGAAGGUGAGGCUUAUUCUGGAUGUCUUUACCGUCACUGGGACCUACAAUAAGCCCUGGUGGCGAUCUUAACGCACUGAACCCUUUUCUCAAGGGAACGAGCCAAUGAUGCACUGUACUGUAUUAUAAUGUCCAUAGCAAUAUUUAUAGAUGUGUUAAAAUGCUUUCAAGUGGCCUGGUCAUCAGGAUGAGUAAGAAGGACGCCGAUGAACUCCUCAUCUUGUAAAAGCCUGCAAUGUUCUCAGGUCUGACUGGUGAUGAUGGGUGACUCGCUCCCAUCGGUGCUCAGAACUAUACGUCCAAAUGUGCUUUGCAGGUUUGUUGAGGAGGAGUGGAAAGAGAUAUAUAAAUGACUGAAGUUUAUGAAAAAUCUGAUGUAAUGUAGUUCACUGGGAAGAGCUGCAUCAGUAUAGAAGUGUUGAUCGGUGUGCUUGUAAACGAAUGAAUUUCUUGUUGGAUUCUGACCAAUUUAAAAGAGGGACAUUUACAUUUAUGAGAAAAAAAAAUGUGAGCUCAAUAUAAGGAGAGACUGUAUUUGUGAUGCCAAAUGAUUUGUCAGAGUUUGUGAAAUAAAUUACAGUAUUUAGGAUUUUAAUGCGUCUAAUGAUGACAGUAUGUAUUGUUCUAAAUCUCAAAGUGCUUUCUCUUCUAAAUGCAUUACAGCGUAGCUAAUUUUUGAACAUUUGAAAACUAUUAAGAUCUGGCCCGCCACCCAAAAGCACACAGACCAGCAUCUGGAACUUCUCAGAGAGCCUUGUAAAAGUUCUCAUGAUGUCAGUUAGGGGGAAGAAGUCAUGCAGACAUUCAGCUUUGUUUUUAUUGAAGGACACAGAACAACUUCCACCAUAUCGUAGCCUAUACACAAUAAUCAAACUCCCACAUCUCAUUAAUACACACACAUAGACAUUCUGACAUCAGUUCAAACACAAACCUCCAAUACAUACACGCAUGCAUCCACUCUCUUGCAGGAGGCGCCCACUCCCUACAGGGGCUCUUUUCAGGUCCAUCUGUUUACACUCAUGUCUCAGUCAAUGCCAAGAGCAAACUAAUAACCACAGCUUCCACACCAUAAAGACCAGAGGACAGCCCCACCAGAUGCCUUAAAACUCGUCUGAGAUAUCUAAAAUAAAUGUAUAACUAACUUCAACUAAGUGAUCAACAAGUGUAUAGUUUAAAGCGCAUUUUGGAGAUAUAUGUAGCUGUAAUUACUUGAAGAAGAGUUGAUGUGGGUGAAUUCAUGCGGCAUGGUGUGUUUUCACCUUUGUGUAUUUGGGUAGUGGGGAGCUUGGAAUGCAGUCAGCUGGAUAAUCACAUGGACGGCACCCCAUUGAUGCCGGGUUACACUCUGCAGCCAGCUGAUCACUUUCCAUGAUUAAAUGGAUUGA